UCAAAAUAUGUUAUUUUGCACCCAACUCAGGUCUCUACAGUGGAUUUUCCUACUUGCCCUUAUACUUCUGGAAGUUGAGCCAUGGCCAAUUCCAAAAAACUGUUUCCCUACUUACGGCUACAUUAAGAAUGUAAGAAUUCGAAAGGAGCAAAUUCUGACGAACGAAACAGUACCUGGCUAUAUUGUUUUCAAUCUGCCAGACGGAGGACAUAUACGAUUGUUAUAUCAUGUGGAUAAGUACGGAUUCUAUACGGAAACGCUGCCUUGAGAUGAAAAAAAAAAAUACUUUUAUUAAUGAGAGUUGACUCUCUAUGCAAUCCAAGCUGCAACUAUAAAUGGAAACAAGUUUUAUCAAAUUUCUACGAGUCCGAUCCAAUUUGUAUUUCAGAAUCUCGAAAUAAAUGGAACCAUAUGCAAAUAUUGAUUAAAAAGUGGUCGGGAAACCGUUAUAGAACUGCUGUAUAAUGUUU